CUUAGACUGAUAUUUCCCCAAAAGAUCUCUGACCGCAUUGUCUGAUCGCGUUCCCCUCGUACAGUCCCUCAUUUAGUUUUUAUGCUGGUCACUAUCUAAUUCCCCAGUUCGCAUUGGAUCGUUCCUUUGCAGGCGCAUACUCGGCGCAAACAUAACAUAACUCACCAUGCGGCUCCCUUCGACUUUUUUGGUGCUGCUGUGCAUGCUGCAAUUAGCUCUCUGUGCCGAGGAUUUCUACAAAGUGAGUUCGCCUGUCAACUUUGAGACCAUUUCUACAAUUCAUAUAACAUUUACUAACCUCCCACAGCUCUUGGAAAUAGAUAAACAGGCGUCAGAUAAGACUAUUAAAAGUGCAUAUCGCAGGCUGAGCAAGAAAUACCACCCGGACAAGAAUCCGUAAGAGUGUCCGACUCCUAUAUCUUAUGCACAUUAUAUCUAACCCGCGCAACAGUGGGAACGAGGCAGCAAAGCAAAAGUUCGUCGAAAUCGCCGAAGCCUACGAAGCCCUCUCCGAUUCCGAGUCGAGAAAUAUCUACGACAAAUAUGGCCACGAAGGGUUGAAGCAGCGGCAACAGGGAGGAGGAGGUGGGCAUCACGAUCCAUUCGACGUCUUUUCCCGAUUCUUUGGGGGUGGUGGACAUUUCGGGCACCAACAUGGUCAACGAAGGGGUCCAGAUAUGGAGGUUCGAGUGGGUGUUCCCCUUCGAGAUUUCUACAAUGGACAUACCACCGAGUUUCAACUGGAAAAGCAGCAGAUUUGCGAGGAAUGUGAAGGGAGUGGGAGUGCAGAUGGAAAGGUCGAGACGUGUACGAGCUGUGGUGGCCAUGGUGUCAAGAUUCAGAAACAUAUGCUGGCUCCUGGGAUUUUCCAGCAAGUACAGGUGAACUGCGAUGUCUGCGGCGGCCAGGGGAAAACCAUCAAGCAUAAAUGUCCAGUCUGCGCUGGAACGAGGGUGGUGCGAAAGGUCAACACAUUCCAAUUGGUCGUCGAGAGGGGUGCGCCAAAAGGCAAAAGAAUCAUAUACGAGAACGACGCUGACGAAAGUCCCGAUUAUGUCGCUGGUGACUUACAUGUCACACUCGUAGAAAAGGAGGCCAACCUGGUAGAAGACAACGAACUAAAAGUCGACGGAACCUUCUUCCGGCGAAAAGGCGAUAACCUAUAUUGGAACGAGGUACUCUCUCUCCGCGAAGCCUGGAUGGGAGACUGGACUCGCAACCUCACGCAUCUAGACGGGCACAUCGUAGCCCUCAGCCGCCCACGCGGACAAGCCAUCCAACCGGGGCAAAUCGAGCACGUAAAAGGAGAGGGAAUGCCAAAAUGGCACGAGGACGGUGAUAGCGUCUACCACACAACCGAAUUCGGGGAUUUGAUCGUGGAGUAUACCGUCGUGCUGCCGGAUCAGAUGGAGAAAGGGAUGGAGAAGGAUUUCUGGGCCCUGUGGGAGAAAUGGAGGAAGAAGAAUGGGGUUAAUCUGCAGAAAGAUAGUGGGAGGCCUGAGGGCCCGGUUCAGGCCCAUGGGAAGGGGAAGGAUGAGUUAUGAUUGAUGGCGCGAUG